UCCAGUCUAGAGGACAACCACAUUGAAAGAGGAAAAGGAAUUAGGGUUUUGUUUUUUCUUAACCAGCGAAGCAUUCAGCGCCUGAAAUAAAUAUCACAAGUCUCUGAAUAUUAAGUCUGAAACCUUUACAAAGGUCAGCUCGCUUCACACACUGUACGUUCAACUGAUUAAUCAAAGGGUGCAUGAGAAUUAGCACGGAGGGGAAGAAUUAAACUUCGGUUUACAGUCCUUAAAUUUCAGAAAUGAACAGAGUUUGUUUGGAUUUCGAGAACCCGAUUGGUGACGCAAUUUCCAGAAUCCGAUUUGCUCCAAAUUCAAAUAAUCUCCUAAUUUCUUCGUGGGAUUCUUGUCUUCGAUUGUAUGAUGUGGAUAGUUCUCUGGUUAGAUUAGUGACUCCCACGGAAGCUGCACUUCUUGAUUGUUGUUUCCAAAACGACGACGUCACGUUUAGCGUUGGCUCCGACGGUUCCAUUAGAAGGUAUGACUUGCAUUCGGGAAUGCAUGACACAAUCGGAAAUCAUGAUGAUAUUGCAACAUGUCUUCAGUAUUCAGAUGAAACUGCGCAGCUACUUACUGCUGGUUUGGACAAGAAGAUAAUGUCCUGGGACAUGCGCAUGGGAAUGGCUCUGGCUUAUCAGAAAAAAUUAGGUGAAGAGGUGGAUUCCAUGUCACUGUCUGGCUUUGAUUUGAUAGUAGCCAUUGGAGCAUCAGUGCAUAUGUACGACUUACGUAACUUAGACAGCUCAGUACUAUCAAGUGAAUCACUUAUGGACCAAAUAAAAUGUGUCAGUUCAAUUCCUUAUGCUAGAGGAUAUGUAGUUGGAUCAACAGAUGGACGAGUAGCAGUGAGCAUCUCUGAUCCAUCUGAUUCAAAUAAUGGGGGAUAUACUUUUCGGUGUCAUCCAAAGUCAAAGAAUGGAAGAUAUCAUGUAGUCUCAGUGAAUGAUAUUGUAUUCAGUCCACUCAUGGAUGGUCCUUUUGUUACUGGCGAUAAUGAGGGUUCUGUUAUUGCAUGGGAUGCCAAACAUAAAAGAAGACUAUUUGAGUUGCUGCAAUUCCCAAAUAGUGUGGCAUCAUUAUCAUACAACCAUGGGGGACAACUUCUUGCUGUUGCAUCAAGCUAUACUUACCAGGAAGCUAUUGAAAGUGUGCAGUUGGCUUGUGACAGAGAAGAGCCUCCUCAGAUAUUCAUUCACAAAAUGGAUGUUGACCACCUGAGAUCAGUUUCUGUUAUAAGUGGAAGUAGGAAAUGACUGUAUGAGAGGGUUUUCAAAAUGAGGCAACACUGGCUCCUGCAGUCUGUCCCUUAUUUCAAUAAGAUUCAGAUUAUCCUAGGAUUUGAAGAUUUAGAGCGUUCAGAUUUGUUCAAGUUCCAAGUGAUUAAAGAGCAAGAAUUCCUGCAAUGCUACCUCCUUGUUUGAAUCUCUGAUGAUCUAACUUAGAGCCUGUUUGGUCGAAUUUAUAAAAAUUAACUUAUAAGCCGUUAGUGUUUAUAAGGUAAUUUAAGCUUAUAAGCAUUUAAAAUUUAA